UAGGAGGAGUGCAGCAUCAUUUGAGCCCAGACGUAGCAGACGCUCCACCGAAGCUGCGAUGUGAACGGGAUCAAACAGACGCGUUAUUCUCAAGACAAAGUGGAUUUUAUUUAGAUAGUCUACAUUUCUGCAUGUGGAAUACGAAAACAUCUCGUUUUUGAAUUAGAAUCGGCGGCAUAACUCACCAUUUUAGGAAAUCUGGAAUCAUGAGUCAAUUAUAUUACGACCACGACUACAUCGACUUAGACGACUGAUUAGCUUUUUAUAUUUUUACGUAUUUUACUUUGUUUUCUUACUUAUAUAGAAGUUAAAAACAUUUAUUUAUUUUCAGAAUGUUGAAUUCAGCGCUUUCUGUAUGUGCAGGCUACUCCUGACACGUCUUUCGGGUUGGCAAUGGACACGAAAGGUGAUGGCAAAACCAGCGAUCAAGAAAUAUUGUUUCUUCGACGGUAUGUUAAACCUUUUUAACAGCGUUGUUUACGCGCUAUUACGCAGGCGUAUUUUCCCUCUGAAAUGUGGCUUCCCCGCGACGGCAUGUUCUCUAGCGUGAUGUAGGCUGCACGGGAUACAGAAGUGACGAGCACGGGGGACCAGAGAUGCGACUGUCAAAGUGGUGGCAACCGAAGGAUUUGACUGAGAUCCUUGAGUAUGACUAACACGUUGCCAUAAAGCAAAGAAUGUCAGGGACACCAAAUGCGGAAGCAGAAGGAGUAGUCUCCAGAGUAAAAGUCAAGAAGGAGAUCAAGACAAUCGUGGAGAAUUUGGAGACCAUUCUCGGGGACCUUAAGGAUGUAGCGAAGGAACUCAAAGAGGUGGUGCAUGACAUUGACGCGCUCACCUGUGACCUACAACUGGAAGAGGACGGGCUAACGGACAGCUCCAAGACGGACACCCUCAACUCCAGCUCCAGCUCCACCACCACCACCACCACCGUGUCCAGCCUGGAGAGGCUGCGGAUGGGCCUGGAUGAAUGCCUCUUCUUCAGGGUCCCCGCAGUCAUCGCGCCGGCGCCCGUCCACCCUGCACCGGUCCACACCGUGCAGAAGAAGGCCCCCCCGCCCCCUCCGCCUCCCAGGCACACGCCGCAGAGAUCGGAGGAGCACAACAUGAAGCUCCUGCCCCAUCCCACGCUGGUGUUAUCAGGGAACCACUCCAAAGCCAACGGCUCUCUGAGGAACGGCGGCGGCACGUUCUCCAUGCACCCGACCAGGGAGCUGUUCUCCCCGCCGCGCCACUGCGUCUCCAACGACAGCGGCUUGUCCGAGGCCGGGCUGGUGCCUACUCUGCCCAGACCCAUGCCCCUCCUCCGGCACCAGAAGAACAAGUGCCCGCAGACGUCGGGCCGGGAGCCGCGAGAGCGCGUCCGCUUCAGUGAGAAGGUGCAAUACCACGGCUACUGCCCGGACUGUGACCUGCAGUACGUGAUGGAUGACACCACCGACCGCCACUUCCAGGGCGAGCCUGGCAACGCCAGGCUCAGCCCGGUGCACUGCUGUGCCGCCACCUCCCCCCUCGACGGACACCCCGCCCUCCCUCGAGAACUCACGCUGGAAAACGGUGGCCUGCCGGUCAGCCACGGCUAUCCGCCCAUGGCAGACGGCCCUCUACUGUCGUUGCCCCCUCUCCAGCAUUCCCACAAGCAAACCAAGAAGACCAUCCUUCGUAAAUCGACCACAACCACGGUUUGACACGGAUCCCGUCUACCUUAAACAUUGUUGAAUCAUUCAUAGUGUUUUCUACUUUAUGGGGGCUUUCUACUGAAGCUGAACUGUGUGCGGAUUAUCCAAACGGAGAAAGUGAGAGAGGGAUGAAUCAGCCAGGAUUGGAGAAAGCGAGUAGAAUAGACAAAGGCUUUGCCGUGGGCUUGAAGAGGCAUACCCGCAGAGAGAAGACUGUGAAGAGCUUUCAACUGCUGCCGCAUACAGUUUCCAAGCGGAGGAACACAAAGAGGAGGAGAGAAGGAACGAGAUAACAAAAGAAGCAAAGAAGAGCUAUUCAACCAUAAGACAGAUGAGCUAGAGCCAAACUCAACCAGAGGCUAAAGAUGGACAGAUGAUGCAAGAUAAGAAAGAGUAUAGAGCACAUUGACAUUGGACUGGUGAAUUGAAAAAUGUACACGUCGUGGAGGGUCGGUUGGAAUGCAUUGACCCACCCAGAGCCUGCUCACAGACCUUGGCAAGAAACGAAGAAGGAAGUUUUGUGAACUGGUCAGCUCCCAUGUCGAUUCAUAAACCGGGACAGGUAUUGGCUGAGCACAUCCAUCUCCUUCCUCUAUGUCUUUGGGUUAUCCAACCAUCAGAAGAGAAGAAGAGAAGAGCUCUCCUCGCCAUGGUAACCACGUCUGCUAAUCGUGGUUGGAUCAGCAAGGAAAAUAGUGGGCUAAGAAGUGUUAAACAGGAGAGGACGAGGAUGCAACCACAUGGUAACAACAGAAACAUUAGUCGAGGCUCAUGGUGUUACAGGUGCACAUGAACACACCAUGUGCACGUUUUGUCAGGUGCAAUAAAGAUCAUUUUAUUGCAUUCAUGCAACAUUAUUUUUAUUAAAUGGCAACAGUUUGUGGUUCUGAAGGCCAUGUGCUUGCUCAAGCACAGAUUUUCUACAUUUUAAACUUGUUUUUGUUUGGGAAAUAAGGUGUAUUUGUAUCUUAAAAUACCUUUCGUGAAGAAGAAAAAAAGGUAUCGCUCAAGUGUUAAUAAUGUUAUUAUAACAUCCACAGUUUGAGCAACGACUACAGCUGCUUCUGCUCUCUCUCCAGAAUACUCAUAU